AGCUACAGACCCAGACGCACGCAUGAGAGAUGAGGUCCCUCCAAAGCCUGAUGUUCCUGCUCCUCAUCUCCGCGGCCCUGGUAACUGGACUGGAGGGGAAGAGAUGCCACACUCCUGGGCCCAUGAAGGACAAGAUGGUGUCGAUGUUCUGCGAUUUCAUGCAGACCUAUAAUAAAUCCUACAAGGACCUGGAAGAAGAGACCCGGCGUUUUAAGAUCUUCGUGGAGAACCUGGAGCGGGCGAGGAAGCGACAGGAAAUGGAGAUCGGCAGCGCCAGAUACGGGGUCACCAAGUUCAGCGACCUCUCAGCUGAGGAAUUCCAGCAGGGCAUCCCUGCUCCAUUCGGCACAUCAACUUGCGAAAUAAUCACCGUCCGCAAAGGCAUGAACAACAUCCCAGAGGAGAUGGACUGGCGGAAGAAGAAAUACGUCACACCAGUUCAAAACCAGAAGAACUGCUGCAGCUGCUGGGCCUUUGCUGUGGUCGGGAACGUCGAAUCCCAUUUGGCCAUCCGCAACAGAAAACUCAUCCCGCUGUCAGUGCAAGAGCUGCUGGACUGUGGGAAGUCGAGAAACAACUGUACCUCGGGAAGCAUGGAUGUGGCUUUUCAAGAUGUAUUGCUUCUUG